CAGAGACACAGUGCGCCAUGAGAAACAGUGCUGCAGUGAAGGUGCCUGGAAAGGGCUGACCUCAAAACCAAGAAGAGAAGGAUUGCCGCAGUUUUCAAAGAGCCAAUAGUCAAACCACUGCAGGGAGCGAGGUCUUCCACUGCCAACAUGAAGGAAGCCACUGAAAAUGUCCCUCUGGACCAUGCUGGCUGGAGCCAGGCAGCAUGCAAGGGCUUACCGACCAAGGCCCAGGAUACUAUUUUUUGCUCUGAAGAAGAUAACAGCCUGUAUUUCACAUACAGCGGAAAAUCAAACGUUCUUGAAGUCAAAGAACUCAACUACCAGGUUAACACGGCAUCCCAGAUUCCCUGGUAUGAAAACCUCGCACAGAUGAAAAUGCCCUGGACCUGGACAUCAGAUCCCUGUUCUCACAUGUCAAUAAUCCAGAAUCUGAAUUUAAAAGUUCAAAGUGGUCAGAUGCUAGCUAUUAUAGGAAGCACUGCUGGUGGAAAGACAUCCUUGCUUGAUGUGAUAACCUGCCGUGAUCAUGGAGGUAAAAUCAAGUCUGGUCAAAUCACGAUCAACAACAAACCCAGCACUCCCCAGCUUGUUAAGAAAUGCAUAGCACACGUGCGGCAGGAUGACCGACUGCUCCCCCACCUGACUGUCAGAGAAACACUAUUGUUCGUUGCCAAACUGCGCCUUCCAAAGUUUUUUUCAGACUCACAAAGGAAAAAAAGGGUAGAAGAUGUUAUAGCAGAACUACGCUUGCGUCAGUGUGCAAACACCAGGGUAGGGAAUGAGUACCUCCGCGGCGUUUCAGGAGGUGAGAGGCGGAGAGUGAGCAUCGGUGUGCAGCUGCUCUGGAACCCGGGAAUACUCAUACUUGAUGAACCCACAUCUGGACUGGACAGUUUUACUGCACAUAACCUUGUGAUAACGUUAUCCAGACUGGCCAGAGGAAACAGAUUAGUUCUUCUUUCACUUCAUCAGCCCCGGUCAGAUAUCUUCCAACUGUUUGAUUUAGUUCUUCUGAUGACUUCUGGAGUCACUGUCUAUUCUGGAACAGCUAGAGACAUGGUCCAGUAUUUCACAGAACUAGGCUAUCCCUGCCCAAAGUACAGCAAUCCUGCAGAUUUCUAUGUCGAUUUGACCAGUAUCAAUAAACAGACUGCAGAAAAGGAGAUGGAAAGCCGAAAAAGAGCAAAUACUCUUGCCAACUUGUUCCUAGAAAAAGUCAAAGAUUUUGAUGAUUUCUUAUGGAAAGUUACUGACGGAGACAUUGUUGCAACCACAUUCAGCAAGCAAAGGUCCCAUUUAAAUUCAGAAGAGGCUAUCAACAUGCCCCACCAUUCAAGUGACCAGUUACCAGGAGUCUUAAACCAGUUCACUGUAUUAUUAAGUCGUCAAGUCUCCAAUGACUUCAGAGAUCUUUCAACGUUAUUAAUCCAUGGAUUUGAGGCCCUUCUCAUGUCAUUAUUAAUUGGAUUUUUGUACUAUGGCCAUGACAAAACCAGACUCUCUAUUCGUGACACGACAGCACUGUUGUACAUGAUAGGUGCACUAAUCCCAUUCACAGUCAUUUUGGAUGUUAUUGCCAAAUGUCAUUCAGAAAGAGCUAUGCUUUAUCAUGACUUGGAAGAUGGAAUGUACUCUGUUAGUCCAUACUUCUUUGCUAAGAUUUUGGGGGAGCUCCCAGAACACUGUGCUUUUGUUAUAAUUUAUGGGGUUCCCAUCUACUGGCUGGCAAACCUCAUUCCUGAACCAGAACAUUUCCUGCUGAACUUCCUCUUGGUGUGGCUGGCUGUCUAUAGUGCUCGCGCGAUGGCACUUUGGGUGGCAGCACUGUUACCGACGUUACAGCUUUCAGCCUUCUUCGGCAAUGUCCUUUUCACAUCAUUCUACCUGAGUGGUGGUUUUGUGAUAAGCCUAGAAAACCUCUGGACAGUUCCAUUUUGGGUUUCUAAAAUCUCUUUUCUCAGAUGGAAUUUUCAAGGCAUGAUGCAAAUUCAGUUCACUGACCUCACAUACGAAAUGACUGUUGGAAAUACUACUUUUCAAAUACCAGGGAAACUUGUCACCCAGGCUCUGGACCUGGACUCCCAUCCUCUCUACGUAAGCUACCUCGUCCUGGCGGGUAUCGUUUGCAGCUUCCUGCUCUUGUACUACUUAUCUCUGAGGUUCAUCAAGCAGAAAUCCAACCAAGACUGGUGACCGGGCGCUCAUGAGUCCUCCACGCCUUGAAAUACUCUGAGCUAUGGGCCACCGGUGUCAAAGGCCCCAUCCCACUUUGCAGUAGCCGAUGUUCUAGUCCACGGCGUUUGAACAUGCGGUGAUCGCGUACUUAACACGGAGAGCUCCGAGAGAACAGGAUCAGCACGCACCAGACGCCACUUUCUGUAGCGUAUGUAACAUUCGGCGCUCAGACGAACAGUGUAGAGGAAAGCAACGCAGAAGAUUUCACUGAUGCUUCGGGAGAACGCGCAAGGAUGGAAAACACAACUGUUAACUGUUCUGUGCUGUUUCUAAUCGCUUACAUCGUUUAAGGCCUUGCUUUUGUGUUCCAGUUAGAUGCUGUUGAUGCCCCAAAUAGGUAUUUACUCACUGGAUAGAUGAUUUCUUGUAACAGCUAAAAUUGUCUCACCUUCUUGGAUUAUUUUUACGGUAUAAACUCAUACCUACUGAUUGUUAUUAUUCACAUCUCUCUCCAUGGCAAUACAAAUCAUAGCAAUUUGCCAAGUUUGGUUCCUAAGAUUCUCGGGUAGAAAAUACCAACCUGCCUCUCCAGUAAUUAAAAAUCUAAUGAUGCAAUUACAAAAUGCUUGUAAUUGUGCACCUAGUUUUGCUCAGCCGCAAGACAGAAAGGCUCAGAAAAUGAGUCAGUAAAUAAAUGGCUAUAAUUCACACACAGUCAUGGUAAGUGCAUGUGCAAAUUAGGUGUAUAGUUGUGAGCAUUUUAUAAGAUUACCUUGAUUGAUUUUAAAUGUUUGGAUGCAGAUCUUUGUGCUUAUAUACAGAGACCCAAAGCACAUCACCUACUCUACUUUCAUUUACACGUUGCACACAGUGGAAAACUCCUUCUGUAAUCGGCUAUAACACCCUGAUACUGUUAUGUAAGUCCCCCCCCCCCUUUUUUUUUUAAGAAAUAAGAAUGAAAGAACAUCAGUAUUUUAUUAUUCUAUUUGGCAAUUAGGACUGCCACAUUACUUUCCACAGGUUCCACGUGGUAAUAGAUUCCCAGGAAGACCCUAGUCUAAAGAUGUUAAGCAGGUCUGUUAAAAUAACAGCUUCAGCCCCGGGCAGCAGUAGAAAUCCAAAACACUCCAAGGUUCUUCUAAGGUGAAUUCUACCAUUUCUUUCUGGUGCUGCUGCAUUUGAUUUCAAAAAAACCCCACUCGAUCUGAUCCUAGUGCCAUUUUGAAAUUAUCAGAUUUUCAUUGCCUUUUAAUGGCAAAGCCAAUUCUUUCUGUCCAAUUCAGCAUCAUUAAAUUGUCAGAAUAGCAGCUUCCUGUUUGAUUCUUAAUUAUUCCUUUUUAUUAUAUUUAAGACACUUAAUUUUUUUAAAGUGGUUUACUCUUCUUUGUAAUGAUCUGUUAUGAUUAGAAUCUCUUUUAUAUUACACUGAAGUUUUAAGGGUAUAUAUUGGUACUUCUAGUCUAAACCUCUAUUUUCAAGGUAUUUAGAGGAUUAAAUUCUAGGCUGACUCUCUGUUGUGAAUUCACUUUGAUGUUUAAUAAAAAAAGGAGAGACACAAUGGGAGAAAUUAAAGACAUAAGGGACAGCUCUGAAUUUUAGGGGCAUAUUGUCAUGCACAGAAAUCUUCAGGCAUCUAGAUAAGAAUAUACCAUAGCCUUAGCUUUGAAUUUCCUUCCUUUUGUGAAAUUAGUCAGGCUGCUGACAUUACUUAAACAGCCUUUUUCAAUUUAAAAUUCCACCCUCUUAACGUUAUGCAGCAGGACCAAACGGUGUGAGUGUUUCAGAGGUGGUGUUAUGACAAGGGUAGAUGUAUACAUAAUGGGGACUUGAGCGGUGAGCCUAGGAACAGCCAUCGUAUGGAGUGUAGGAAGAGCUAUCAUAGGAUGUGGCCAGGCCUGUGUUUACAUAGAAAAAGCUCAUAUUCUAUAUACUACAAUUACAUUAGCACACUGCCUAUGAUCAUAUCUUGUUUCCUUGAUGCCUAGAGAUGGGGAAUAUAGGCUGUGAUUAUUGUUACAGGCUUUAGCAAUAAGAAGAUAGGAGCCUUGAAAUACCAGCAAUUAGCGUUCCUGCCUAACAAUAGCACGCUGUGGAGCUGUGUACAGAGAAGAGCGCAGGGAUGAGUGGGUGGAUGACACACAACUUGCCCCACUCACACUACCGGGAGUUGAAAAAUAGUACAAGUUUAAAGGGAAUUAUGCACCUCUUGGCCAGUGAAGGUCACGCUGUAUGCUUUGGCCUCUACAUUCACGUCCUACUUCAUGUUAGUUUUGUGCAGAAAAGGUUUCACACUUCCACAGCAAGAGCUGCUGCUGCUGCUGCUGC